GACUUUUCUCAUUACCUCGAGGGAUUGAGAUGGCCAUGCUGACGGGCUGCAUAUAUAAAGGAGAACAGCUUGAACAUGCUUAUGCUCAACUGUGGAAGCAAAGCGCGCGGACCUGUGGCAUUUAAUUGCAACCUUUACGCAAAGGCGCUCUUCUGGACUUUCCUCCUCAAUUGGAUUGGUUUACUAGAAAAUAAAUAUUUCUAAAAUUAAAAAUAAAUAAAUAAUAAGUAAACGUAUGCAACACACAUAAAUGUUACACUUACUUAUGUGUGUGUGUUUGUUUGAAUUAAUAUAAUUAUUUUUGCAGUACGCACAUUCUAAAAACACCUGUCUUGGAUUUUCAAGAAGCGCCCUAAUGAUGAUUUGAAGAAUUUUUCCUGAUCUUUUUCAUCCCAAUGCCCGCCCUAAUCGCUGUCAUGGAAUCGAUGGGGUCUUCGGUCACCGAGUCUACCGACAUCACCACACCGGAGGAUCCGUUCUCGGGUCCCCUCAAGUCUGUUGCGCCCUGGAAUUACACUUUCCUCGCCUGUCUGAUGUUCAUAGUGACUUCACUGUCUAUAACAGAGAACUUCACCGUUAUGCUUGUGACGUUUAGAUUCAAACAGUUAAGGAAACCGCUGAAUUACAUCAUUGUUAAUUUAUCUGUUGCUGAUUUUCUAGUUUCGCUUACAGGAGGCACUAUAAGUUUUCUAACUAAUGCACGAGGUUACUUCUUCCUGGGCGUCUGGGCGUGUGUGCUGGAGGGAUUCGCUGUCACUUUUUUCGGGAUUGUGGCUCUGUGGUCUUUAGCAAUCUUGGCAUUUGAGCGUUAUUUUGUGAUCUGUCGUCCUCUGAAAAAUGUCCGGCUGGGAGUCAAGCAUGCAGCUUUGGGUCUUAUUUUCGUUUGGACCUUCUCCUUCAUCUGUACCAUCCCACCAGUUUUUGGCUGGAACAGUUAUACAGUCAGCAAAAUUGGUACCACCUGUGAACCCAACUGGUACUCAACUGAUUACUACGACCACACCUACAUCAUCACCUUUUUCGUUACGUGUUUUAUAGUUCCUCUUGGUGUUAUCAUUAUCUCCUAUGGCAAACUUAUGCAGAAACUCAGAAAGGUGUCGAACACUCAUGGAAGGCUGGGUAAUGCGCGUAAGCCUGACCGAGAGGUGGUGAGGAUGGUCAUUGUUAUGAUAGUUGCAUACAUGGUUGGAUGGACACCAUAUGCAGCAUUCUCAAUUACUGUCACAGCCUGUCCCACAAUCCAUAUUGAUCCUCGCCUGGGCUCAAUACCGGCCUUCUUCUCAAAGACUGCAGCUGUGUACAAUCCCAUCAUCUAUGUCUUCAUGAAUAAGCAGUUCAGGAAGUGUCUGAUGCAGAUGUUUAAAGGAAAUGUCGCCAAUCUGGACUCCACCAAUCUGAACCAGACAUCAGACAAAGGGGCCAUCACUGCCACAGCAGAGAGUCACCUUGGAGAGAUGUCCACCAUUGCAGCUCGUGUGCCCAUGUCCAUGUGCAACAUGGAGAAGAGUGAGGAUGAAGAGGAAGAGUCGGGGGAUGAAGGCCCAAAGCAGCUCCCUUUAUCGGAUAGUCAAGUGUGUCCUUUGUAGAGAAGGACUAGUCUGUCUGUAUAAAUGUAUACCUUAAAUCUAACCUGUUGUCUAACUAAAGCAUAAAUCCUACAGUCGUUACCUCUAUUGAAAUGCAUAUGUUAGAGUGUAUUGUUUGUGUUUUCACAUGUUCCUUCUUUGUUGUUCGUAUUUCUUUAUGCUGUGGCGAUCUGCAGUCUUGGCGUACUGUGUACUUGUCGGUAUAGCGAUAUUACCUUACAUAAACAUGAAGGAGGCAGGCAAUACAUUUCCAUACAGUCCUCUGAACGAACGCUAUUUGUUUUUCUGAUCUAUCUCCUCUCACUAUGGUAUAUUGCUGAUUGCACACUAGUACAAGUGGGGAUGUUUUGUUUGUUUGUUUUAAUGGAAAUUGAAAUGAAAGACCAUAAUAUUGUAUAUCAUAAUAUAUCUCUUUCAGUUCAUAAUACUGACUAUCAUUUUAUAAUCAUUAAUAGUCUACUUAAAAAAGUUAUUUGUUCAAAAACCAAAGGAGAAAGUGAUCAUUCAUGGUUAAGCUAAAUCAAAGUUCAAAAUACUGUUCUUGAAAGUAUGAAAUAAUCACUCAGCUUGUGAUGUUUGCUUCUCCCCCAGUGUCUUCGGGUUGGACCGCUGUUUUAAAACAGACAUUGAUGAGCUGCUCUGUAUCACAGACUCUAAACCUGACCAAAGACGGUGAUUCUAGUGCUUGUUUACAUAGAAAAACUAAUUUAACAUAAAAGCUUAUCUACACAUUUCAGCACAAACUGCUGUUUGGUACCGUAACAGUUCAUUAAGUGAACUAACGGGUCAGACAGGUUUGGCAGGGUAUCUGCUUUGCAAUAUAGUAAUAAACCAUGCAAUAAACAUCCACAUCUGGCAGUUCAGUUUCUUGUCUAUUGUUGUAUUUGCAGUCUUGUUUUGAAAGGUUUAAUGAAGCAAGAGUGUUUAUCAAAUUGUAUUUAUUUAGUAGCCUAUGUACACAUUUGUAUAUGAUUGCUUGUGAGAUUGAAUGUCUUAUUAGGCCAUAAUGUUCGUUGUUUGCUCACAAUUUCUGUCCAAACUGAAUACUGAUAUUGAUGUUUGUCUGUGGCAUGCCAAGUAAUGUUUUACUGAUGUAUUGUUUUUCAAUG